AUGCAGGAAUACACUCAGAGCCCCACCGCAGCCCUCCCCUCCGAGGUCCCCUCCUGCAGAUCCCUGUCAUCCAGCGAGGAUGGCCCCAGGGGCCACUCCAGCCUCUCGGAUGCGGCGCUGGCCCGGCGCUUGCAGGACAGCAUCAAGCACCGCCUCCUCUACCUGUCGGAGCAGCUGAGGCUGGAGAAGGCCAGCCGCGACGAGAACGCCAUGUGCUACCUCAAGCUGGUCUCCCAGGCCGGCCGGCGCCGGGCCCCCCACAUCCGGCAGGCCUUCGAGAAGGUGAACCAGCGCACAUCGGCCACCAUUGCCCAGAUCGAGCGAAGGCUCCGCCAGUGUCACCAGCAGCUGCAGGAGGUGGAGGAGGGCUGCAGGCCCAAGGGCUUAGUGCUGAGAGCAGGGAGCAGCCUGGACACCUGCGAGCAGCCCAGCACGAAGGCGCUGGUUUCAGAGCCCCCCCAGCCAGGCGGGGAAGACCGCCUGUCCACCUGCCCGUCCGACGUCAUCAGAAGCUUCCCUCGGGACGGUCCCUUCCCAGCCCCGCAGCGGGGGAGGUCCUCCGAGAGCACGCGCGUGGCCCAGCGGCAAAGGCUGCUGUGGCGCAAGAUGAAGGAAGAGCUGGAGGAGGUCGGGAAGGUGCACCUGCGCCUCCGGGUGUCCUACGAGAGCCUACGGGAGCAGCACCUGACGGACCUGCAGGUGGCACUGGAGGCCCUUCAGGAGGAGAAAUGCAGACGAGCGCUGGCGGAAGGACAGGUGAACGAGCACCUGCAGGGGCACCUGGACGAGAUUUACCUCCUCAAACAGAAUCUGGCCUGCGCCGAAGAGAAGAUGGCCUACCUGUCCUACGAGAGAGCCAAGGAGAUAUGGGAGGUCAUGGAGACUUUCAAGAGCCGAAUCUCCAAGCUGGAGACGCUACAGCAAGUGACCCACCUGGAGGUGCCGGGGACCGUCUGGGACCGUCCCCAGGAGCUCACGUUCUGGUUUGCGAGCCUGCUGCUCGCCCUGGCCGCCGUCCUCCUGGUCCUGGUGUCCGCCGUGUGCGCCUGCCCCCUGCCGCUGGAGAACUCGCACCUGUGCGCGUGCGCAGGGCUCAUGCUGCUCGGGCUCGGGGCCCUGGCCUGGCAGAAGCGGCACGCCAUCCCCAGCGUGGACUGGCAGGCCUGGGUCCCCGCCAGAUGGAGACUGGGCUCCAAGGACUCCAGGCCUCUGUCGGAUGGGCCUUGAAGGGCCUGGGUUUGCCAGCGCCUCCCGCCUGUGGGCAGCCAGGGCCGACAGCGCCCCCUCAGCUCGGCAUCAGUGCCUCCCAGUCCCCUUCCCCCACCCUCGUGUCGCCAUGUGCCCUCGUGCGCCCCGGUGACCCGGCACUCAGUGGCAGCCUCUAUGACUUGGUUGUUUUUGGCAAA